GCUACACCAGGGCACGCGCCCAGGGCACGGCUCCAGGGGAGCCCCGUGCCAGCGGUGACGCGGGGUCUCGCGGCCGCAUGACAGCGUGAAAUCGCCCCCUCCGGGCCGUGCCAGGCUGCUGGGAUUGGGGAAUGCUGCUUCCCUCCCACCCACGGCAGCCGAUAAACCCAUGGGUGCCAGUACCAACGGCCGCACCCAGCACCAUGGGCAGGCUGCAGCUGUGGCUCGCCGUCCUUGCUGGCCUCACCGGUGUCACCGCCCAGGAAGACCUCUACCGAAAGGUGUUUGUCUUUCGGACGGACCCCAGCGAUGCCUACGUGCUGCUGCGGGUGAAGCCGGAGCAGCCGCUGCUGAACUUCACCGUGUGCCUGCGCUCCUACACGGACCUCACGCGGCCCCACAGCCUCUUCUCCUACGCCACCAAGGCGCAGGACAACGAGAUCCUCCUCUUCAAGCCCAAGCCCACCGAGUACCGCUUCUACGUGGGGGGCAAGUUCGUCACCUUCCGCGUCCCCGAGGGCCGCGGGGACUGGGAGCACGUCUGUGCCAGCUGGGAGUCGGCCACCGGCAUCGCCGAAUUCUGGCUCAACGGGAAGCCCUGGCCCCGCAAGGGGCUGCAGCGGGGCUACGCGGUGGGCGCCGAGGCCGUGAUCCUGCUGGGGCAGGAGCAGGACGCCUUCGGGGGCGGCUUCGACGUCUAUAACUCCUUCACGGGCGAGCUGGCCGACGUCCACCUGUGGGACGCGGGGCUGUCCCCGGACAAGAUGCGAGCUGCCUACCAGUCCCUGCGCCUGCCGCCCGCCCUGCUGGCCUGGAGGAGCUUGAGCUACGAAACCAAGGGUGACGUGGUGGUGAAACCGCGGCUCCGGGAGGCUCUGGGGCGCUGAGAGCCCACCUCAGCCCCCGCUGUCCCCUCUCUGUCCCCAUCGCUGCUUCUGCAAGCCGCCCGCAUGUCAAGGUGCCACCCGCGGGGCACAGCCUGUGCCUGGGGGACAGAUGCCGUGGGGAGAUGGGGACACCCCCAGCCUGGCAGAGUCACCCAGGGGUGCCCCUUCCCUUCCCAACGCCCCCCUGUGCUGCCCCAGUGACGCCCAAGGUCAUCCCCUUCCCGUAUAUAUAGAUAAAUAAAAUAAACCAGCAGCAACGUGAGAGCUUCUCCAUGCGAGGCUGACGGGAU